UUGAAGGAAGUGUGACGAAUGUCGCUGUAACCCGCUCAAAAAGAGUUUUUGCGCUCUUUAGUAGUGAUGUAUUCUCGAUAUUACAAUGGGAAUAUCWUAAUCAAUUAUCUGUUGAAUAUUGCACAGCUCUAAAUUCACUGAUCUGGCCGACAACGGCGAGGAACUAGCAAUUCUUCAUGAACUGUUUUGGGCUGCAUCACGAUAUUUGCUGACURCCUUUACGGAAACUGCAACUUCGUUCAAAGAAAACCUUUUUAACCUGCCUUGAUUGGAAGUGAAAGUUAAGCUAAAAGACUUAUAAAUACUGGAGUCAUCUGUCUACAAGAAAAUACCAAAAUGAGUCUCAAUUCAUUAGACAAUGAUGACCAUGAAAAUAACAAAGCAAGAGCAGCUAUCAUUGCAAGAUAUGACCGGGGUUACGAUGAUGGUGCUGAGGUGGAUGACUGGGAAGAUGCAAACUUUUUUGUUUACAAAGUGACAGACAGAUAUGGGUUUUUACACAAAAAUCCUUUAUCUGAAGAUCAAGAUCCCAAGAGUGUGGCCCAUGAGAGAUUAAGAAUUGUCAAAUGGGUUAAAAUGACAAAACACUGGGACAAAUACAUCAGAGGAGAAAAGCUGAGAAAGAGAAUAUACAAAGGGAUUCCCAAUUCACUGAGAGGUGAUAUAUGGAAAAGAUUGCUGUUAAUAGACAAAAUCCCUAACAGACAGCGCACUUAUGAGGACUUCAAAUCUCUUGCAAGAACUGCAUCACCUGAUAUUAGACAGAUUGACCUUGACGUCAACAGAACCUACCGAGAUCAUGUCAUGUUCAGAGAAAGAUUUGGAAUUAAACAACAGGCAUUAUUCCAUGUCCUUGCAGCAUAUUCAAUGUAUAAUGUGGAGGUUGGUUAUUGUCAAGGAAUGAGUGGAAUUGCAGCUUUGUUGCUUAUGUAUCUCAAUGAAGAGGAUGCUUUUUGGGCCCUCUCAACACUACUUACUGGACGGAAACACAGCAUGCAUGGGUUCUUCAUUCCUGGAUUUCCAAAGUUGUUAAGAUUCCAGGAACACCAUGACAGAAUACUAAAAAAGUUGUCUCCAAGACUAUUCAAACAUCUGGAAAAAGAAGGCUGUCACAGUAGUCUCUAUACAUUGAAAUGGUUCAUGCAGUGCUUUUUAGACAGACUUCCUUUCUCGUUGACGCUAAGAAUAUAUGAUAUAUUCCUAUUGGAGGGAGAUAGAGUCUUAACUGCAAUGGCAUACAAUAUUAUGAAGAUGCAUAAAAAAAUAUUUGCCAAAAUGAGUCUUGAAGAAGUUGUGCAGUUCUUACAAGAAAGCAUGCACAUGUAUCCUUAUGAUGACGACGAGGUCGUUGAGCUUUUACAGUCAUCAAUGUUUGAACUCAAGAAAAUUGGACUCGACGUACCCCCACCCCCUAAGAAAGAAGAACUUCCCCAACUACCCCCUGGUGCGUCACUCAAACGAGGCUCAUAUCAAACAGCUUCUUACCGCGCCAGGAAAAACAAAGAAAGAGAAAAGAUAAUUACAGUUCCAGUAGAAAGACCACCUUCGCCUGAAUCUCCUGUGAGGAUCUCACCGAUAAAAGGUCUUCCAACUCGACCCGACAGUCCAAGUUAUAGCGAAAGUGAGUCUAUGAUGUCGAUGUCAACAAUACACGAUUCACUUAACCCUGGUUCGAGAUCGAAUGUAGUCGAUACCGACAGGGGACGAGUGUCGAGUGUCGACCUCGAUCCUCGGUCAAUGGACAAUAGAAAUAGACGAAGACCACAAUACCAAGAGCAUAGAAAGAGUGACGGAACAGAGCUAGAAGAGCCUGGCUUUAAUUCUAUUCCCUCGAAAUUGUCCUACCACUCAGAGAGCGUUCUCGUUCGCCGRGAUGACGUCAUAAGUCAUCACCUGACGUCACGAAAACCCGCUGAAAAACAAAUGUCAACGUUUCGACCAAUUAACGGCGACAUUGAUGCGUUGAACGGUGGAGCCAGGCCUGAUAAAUCGCCCGUGUGGAGGACUAGAAAUGAAAUGGAUUCCUCGUACCAGGAACGACGCAGAAGUAGCUCGUCGUUACACAGAGUGAGAGCUGACAGCAGAACAAGCGUUAACAGUACUUCCAGUCAAAUCAGUCAAGCCAGCUACCAAAAUGUGCAUUGGGAGACAUCUAAAGCUAGUUUAUAUGAAAUAACUGAACUAUAGCUUGUACCAAAUCACUGAAACUUUAUCCUUGAAAUGUGGAUAUUCUUGGAAUAUUUACCUAGCUUUGCCGCAAGUAACUUGUCAAAUUGGUAACGCUUGCUACCAGAGUACAAGACACAUGCAGUGAAAGACGUCUAAAGACAGUUUACAUGGAUUAACUGAACAAUAUAGCUUGAGAAAUGCCUGGAACUUUGUCCUGGAAAUCUGGAUUUCCUUGGAGGUUUUACCUGCAUUACAAGGAGUAGUGAUUUAUAGUGAUUUAUCAAAUACAUGUACAUUUGUUGGUAUAACUGAACUAUAAUGGAUUCUCAAGAUGGAUUCCCAGUUACAGCCCUCAAGCAUUCACAAGUUUCUGUUAUUUGAAAACUAAGCGAUUUUGUACAGAUGAGACUAACUGAUAUGACGUCAUGCGUUUGACGUCAUCUUGUGAUACACAUACUCCCUGUUAAACAUAAGAUGACACUGCGUCAGUGUUCUCGUUCUGAAACGAUAUUUGAUGAACCUUAAAACAAAAAGACAGUAUGACGAACAAAAUUUAGACAAUUUUGGACUUUUUUGUCUUCAAUUCUGUGAUAUCAUGCAUAUUAAGAUAGAUCGCUUUGUUUUAGCCUCAUCCGAAGACGUUUGAAAGGACACCAGAGGAACCCCAAAAGGGUUGCUUGCGGAUGAGUUUUUUUAUAGUUAUUGUACAUACUCGAACCAAAUUGUUUUUCAUGUUUAAAGCUUUAAAUUAUGCAUCGUUUAUUUUACUAUUCAGCCUUUUAAACUCCCGUACGGAAGCCGAUAAAACCAGGGAUGUAAUAGCCUUUUUAAUGUUCGGAAAAGCGUGAAAUGAAAACCUCCUACUAUUGUUUCACGGGUUAAUGAAUGACCCUAACAAACCUUGGUAGUCGCUUAUUCAAUUAUUUUCUUUUGUGUCUGAAGCUGAAUAUUAACCAUUGAGUAUUUUGUUAUGCCGUUAAAUCGUGGCAAAAUUCAAGCCAGGAUUUGAGUUUUCUGUGAAAAGCUCAGAGCUUUAAAAUAGUUAUAACGAUGUCAACGUUUCGUAUUUUUAUAUAAAUGUGUAUAUGAUUUUAAUGUGAAUUAUAUGAUCAAGCCAAUGAUUAAUAACUAGAGAAUUGUAUAUUAAAAUCAAAGAUUAUUUAA